CAGUAUUUUUAGCUGUUUUCAGUCACGUUCAGUAUUAUCAAAGUAGAUUCACCCAUCGCUUUUCCUAUAAUAGUUGAGUCCUACUCGGUCUAUUUUCCUUCGAGUUCGAGUCUGUCAAUCGGUAGCCAUGAGCCUGCUCAGGCUCCAGAAGCGCUUGGCGUCCAGCGUCCUGCGCUGUGGCAAGAAGAAGGUGUGGUUGGACCCAAAUGAAACCAAUGAGAUUGCCAAUGCAAACUCUCGUCAGCAGAUCCGAAAACUGGUGAAGGAUGGGUUGAUUAUCAGGAAACCAGUGACCGUUCAUUCUCGCGCUCGCUGCCGCAAGAACACUGUGGCACGCCGCAAGGGACGCCACAUGGGCUAUGGUAAAAGAAAGGGUACUGCCAAUGCCCGUAUGCCAGAAAAGCUGACAUGGAUGAGACGGAUGAGAAUCCUGCGUCGACUUCUUCGUCGCUACAGGGAGGCAAAGAAAAUCGACAGGCACAUGUACCACAGUCUGUACCUGAAGGCCAAGGGGAAUGUGUUUAAAAAUAAGCGCAUCCUGAUGGAGCACAUCCACAAACUGAAGGCUGAUAAGGCUCGCAAGAAGCUUCUAGCUGACCAGGCUGAGGCUCGUCGUACAAAGACAAAGGAGGCUCGAAAACGCAGAGAGGAGCGCCUCCAGGCCAAGAAAGAAGAGAUCAUAAAGAGCUUGACAAAGGAAGAAGAAGCAACAAAGAAAUGACUUCAGUUUGUAUAAUAAGUCUGUCAGUUUCAGCUUUUUGUUGAUAAUAAAUUAGAUUAAAGAAAUUGUAA